GAAAAUAUCAACAAUCAGAUAACUCAACUCCAUUUCAUGAGUCACUGUGGAGAGGAAAGGCUGCUGAAUAUGGCUUUGGCAAGUACCUGUAUGUCUAUGCUGCUCAGUUCAUAAAGGCGCACCAUAUCUAAGUUAAUUAUUUCUACUGGGUAGAAAGAAAAGGAUAUUUGUUCCACAAUGAGCAAACUGAAGAAACAGAACUACAGCACUGGCAGUGGAGUCAAUGGCAUUCACACAAGAAGAUCCAGUUCACCUGUGCCCAGUGAUGUGUCUAUGAAGAGUGAUAGGUCCAUGCAGAUACCAAUCAAUUAUAAUGGAAAACCUUCACUACCAGAAAAAAGUGUACAGAUGAAAAGGUCCAGUUCACCAGUGCCCAGUUACGUGUCUAUGAAGAGCGACAGGUCCAUGCAGAUGCCAAUAAAUUAUAAUGGAAGACUUUCACCACCAGAAAAAAGUUUCCAUCUGAGAAGAUCAAGUUCAUCUGUGCCCAGUAGUGUGUCUCUGAAGAGUGAUCGGUCCAUGCAAGUGCCAAUCAAUUAUCAGGAAAAACCCCCUGUACCAGAAAAAAGUUUUCUCUUGAAAAGAUCCAGUUCCUCUGAGCCCAGUAGUGUGUCUCUGAAGAGUGAUCGGUCCAUGCAAGUGCCCAUCAAUUACAAGGAAAAACCUUCACCACCAGAAAAAAGUUUCCAUCUGAGAAGAUCAAAUUCAUCUGUCCCCAGUAGAGUGUCUCUGAAGAGUGAUCGGUCCAUGCAAGUGCCAAUCAAUUAUCAGGAAAAACCUUCACUACCAGAAAAAAGUUUUCUGCUGAAAAGAUCCAGUUCAUAUGACCCCAGUAGUGUGUCUCUGAAGAGUGAUAGAUCCAUGCAAGUGCCAAUCAAUUACCAGGAAAAACCUUCACUACCAGAAAAAAGUUUUCUGCUGAAAAGAUCCAGUUCAUAUGAGCCCAGUAGUGUGUCUCUGAAGAGUGAUAGAUCCAUGCAAGUGCCAAUCAAUUAUCAGGAAAAACCUUCACUACCAGAAAAAAGUUUUCUGCUGAAAAGAUCCAGUUCAUAUGGACCCAGUAGUGUGUCUCUGAAGAGUGAUAGGUCCAGGCAAGUGCCCAUCAAUUAUAAGGAAAAACCUUCACUGCCAGAAAAAAGCAACACACAGUGGCAGUUGAGGAUGCCUAGACAAGAAGAGACCACGAGGAAGGAGUUCAUUCACAAUAGCAAUGAAAACUCCAGAGAAGCACUACAUGAAUCAAGCACCUUGGAGUUACCAAAUGAAAAACUGAAAUUCAUUUUUAGAGAGAGAUAUCAGCAUUUAUUUGAGGGAACAGCACAGCGAGGAAACCCAAUAUUACUCAAUAAAAUCUACACAGAACUCUACAUCACUGAGGAUAUGAAUAAUGCUCUCCAAGGCCAUCAUGAAGUGAACCACAUGGAGGCAACACUGAUGACAGUAAGAGUGGACACCCCAAUCAGAUGCAAUGACAUCUUUAAACCCUUACAUGGACAAGACAAGCCUAUUAGAACUGUGCUGACAAAGGGAGUGGCUGGCAUUGGAAAAACUGUCUCUGUGCAGAAGUUUGUUCUGGACUGGGCUGAAGGUGAAGCAAAUCAGGAUGUCCACUUCAUAUUUCCACUUCCAUUCAGGGAGCUAAAUUUGAUGAGGGACCAAAAAUACAGUCUGAAUGACCUUCUUCAGCAUUUUUUCAUGAAAGGAAUCGAUGCAAGUUCACCCCAAUUUACAAACCAUUCUCUUCUUAUCAUUUUUGAUGGUCUGGAUGAGUGUCGCCUUCCUUUAGAUUUUCAGAACAAUGAGAGUUUUUGGGAUGCAACGAAGACAACCACAGUAGAUACCCUGUUAACAAAUCUCAUCAAGGGGAAUCUGCUUCCCUCUGCACAAAUCUGGAUAACCUCUCGACCAGCGGCAUCUGGCCGCAUUCCACCUGAAUGUGUUGAUCGAGUAACAGAGGUACGAGGAUUCAAUGAUCCACAGAAGGAAGAUUACUUUAGGAAGAGAAUCACUGAUCAGAGCCUGGCCAACAGAAUCAUUACCCACUUGAAGUCACUGAGAAGCCUCUACAUCAUGUGCCACAUUCCAGUAUUCUGUUGGAUUGCAGCCACUGUUCUGGAGAGAAUGGUGGUUGACUUUGGGUGGGAUAAGAUCCCUAAGAGUUUAACUCAAAUGUAUACGUACUUCCUGAUCACACAGAUCAACAAUAAAAAAGCGAAGUACUCUGACAACAAAGUCACAGAUAAAGAAAUGAUUUUCAAGCUUGGGAAGCUCGCCUUUGAGCAGCUUGAAAAAGGCAAUCUGAUCUUCUAUGAGGAAGACCUGAAAGAGUGUGAUAUUGAUGUCAGAGAAGCAUCUGUGUACUCUGGGGUCUUCACAGAAAUCUUCAAGGAGGAGUUUGGGCUUUUCCAAAGGAAAGUGUUCAGCUUUGUGCAUCUGAGCAUUCAGGAACAUCUUGCAGCUCUGUAUGUGUUCUUGUCCUUCCACAAUCACAAGCGAAACAUGGUUAAUCCUCAACAGACAAGUAAUCAUAAACCCCUAACGAUGUUAAGCUUGCAUAAGACUGCAAUUGAUAAAGCUUCUGAGAGUGAAAGUGGACACCUGGACCUCUUCAUCCGUUUUCUCGUGGGCUUCUCACUGGAGUCUAACCAGAUCCUCCUGCAAGACCUACUAGUACAGAAAUGCAAUCCUGAGGAGAUAACAGAAACCAUCAGCUAUCUGAAAAUGAAAAUCAGAGAAAACCUCUGUGCUCAUUUGUCAGUCAAAUUCUUCCAUUGUCUGAAUGAGCUAAAUGACAGCUCUCUUGUAGAUGAAAUCCAAACAUUCUUGAGGAACAGAACAAUAAAUAAGGAAAAUCUCUCUUCUGAACUCUGGUCAGCAUUAGUAUUCGUAAUACUCACUUCAAAUGAGAAGUUGGAUGUGUUUGAACUUCGCAAAUAUGGCACGUCAGACAAAGCUCUUCUCUGCUUGUCUUCUGUGAUGAAGUUGUCUAGGAUGGCCAGCUUGAGGAACUGUAAGCUCACAAUGAAAAGUUGUGCAGCAUUGGCUGUACUUCUCCCCACCAUCCCAGUCACAAAAGAGCUGGAUCUCAGUCACAACAACGUGCAAGAUGCUGGAGUGAAGCUGCUUUGUACCGGUCUUUCAGCAGACACUUUAAACAAAAUGCCGGUAAACUGCUCUAUUGCUAAAAAGAAACAUUUUCUUACUUCAGCUCUGAGUUUAAACCCCUCAUUUAAAACUGACCUGACCCUGGAAUGGGAUGAUGCAGCACAAAUGAUUUACCAUUUAAUAGAGGUAUUGCCUCAGAAAUGUGGCAUGAAGGAGUUCCCGGGACUGAGGGGCACUCAUUGUACCAUUGAGAUCUUGAGGCUGAAUAACUGUGGUGUUACAAGUGUGGGCUGUGAUUUUCUUGCUUCAGUCCUGAGUUCAAACUGUUCAAACCUGAAAGAACUCGACCUGAGCCAGAACAACAUAGGAGACUUGGGAUUAAAAGUGCUUUCUGAUGUUUUGAGAAGUCCUUCAUGUAAACUGGACACACUAAAGGUGAAUAAUUGUAAACUUACAGAGCACAGCUGUGCAGCAUUGGCCUCAGCACUACAGGAAAAUUCAGGCUUAAAAUCUCUAUCCCUGAGUAAUAAUGAGUUACAGGAUUCAGGAGUGAAGCUGCUUGCUGCUGGACUGGAGGAUCCUCGCUGUAAACUGGAGGCAUUGGGGCUUUCAAAUUGUAACCUCGAGUUACAAGGUUUUGCAUCACUGACAUUGGCCAUGAGGUCAAAUCUUCCUAACCUGAAAGUUUUGGACUUGGGCAAAAACAGACCAGGAGAUUCAGGAGUGAAGCUGCUUUUUGCUGUUCUGGAAAGCCCACAGUGCAGACUUGAGAAACUAAAGCUAAACGAGUGUGGCAUCACAGAGGAAAGCUGUGCAGAUCUGGCAUCAGUUUUCAGCUCUGAGUUUUCAUGUCUGCGAGAGCUGGACCUGAGUAUUAAUGACCUGAAGGAUUCAGGAGCAAAGAUGCUCUCUGUUGGAGUGGGACAUCCGAACUGUAAACUAGAAAAUCUCAUGCUGUACAACUGCAGGUUUUCAGAAGAAUGCUAUAGUGCUCUGGCCAAAGCUCUGCAAUCAAAUCCCUCACUUACAAAACAGCAGUGUGUAAUGGACAAUAAGCACGGAGGCUCCAGAAUGCAGCUACAGUCCGAUACAGGAUAGAUCACAUAUCAGACUCAGUCAGCAAAGUGCAACAGUAACCAGAUAGUUUACAGCUGUGAGGAAAUAAAUGCCUAAACCCAUCCUCAAGUAAAAGUGUUGUCACUG